AGCACUGCAGCGUAUUUUAAAAGCUUUAGCUAUCUGGAAAAUUUCCAGUAAGUCCCUUAUGUACCUCUGUCCUCCUCUCCCCCUCCCUUCUUAAAUCUUACCAAGCAGAUCCAUAUCAUUAAUAUUUCAGUAUCAGCUGUUCACAGGCAUUGGCUACUCUGCAGUGCACUUCAUCAAUAAGAGCCAGCAAAGGCUGCGAGGUUUGACACACCGUCCUCAUCCAGCAGAGGAAUAAGAGCAAAGACAGAGACUGGCAGGGAAAGCGAGCAUCCAGCAAGGGCAGGGUUGCAGACUGCAGUCUCCCUCUCGAGGUGCUGCUUGCUGCUGCCCCUCACUCAGAUCGUCCAGGUAGUACCCGAACAAGCAAAAAGGAUGGAUGUCUUUAAGAAAGGUUUCUCCAUUGCUAAAGAAGGUGUGGUGGCUGCUGCAGAAAAGACCAAGCAGGGAGUGACAGAGGCUGCAGAGAAGACUAAAGAAGGUGUGAUGUAUGUAGGUACCAAAACCAAGGAAGGCGUAGUGCAAAGUGUAACCUCAGUUGCUGAGAAGACCAAGGAGCAGGCCAACGUGGUGGGAGAAGCUGUAGUAGCCAGCGUGAACACAGUGGCGAACAAGACGGUAGAAGGAGCAGAGACCAUCGUGGCUACUACAGGAGUUGUAAAAAAGGAGGAGCUGGCCCCACCGCAGCAGCCGGGGGCCGCGGAAGAGGCGGCCGCAGCUGGGAGCGCAGAAGGCAGCGGAGAGGGUGAAAAUGAAGGCAAUUAAUCAACUUAAUGACUUCUAGCUCAAAAAAGGGAAUCCCAAGAGCAUACAUGGAAAUACUAGCUGACACUGCAACAAGGAAGUCCUGCUGUCCACAGACUAACUGCAUUCAGCACUGUUGUCUUUCAUUUGCCUCAUAAACCAACCUUACUGUACAAUGUAAGUCAGGCUCCCGAUUGUAAGGAAAGUGUAACAUUGACCAGGGGUGAUCCCCCUCCCCUCCAUUUCCUUUGUGGCUUCCUGACCCCCAGCUUUGCGUGUUCUGGUGCUCUGGUUUGUUUUGGUGGGGCUCACUGAUCCAUGGCCCAUGUCCACCUGCACUGGCACUUGGGAUCUCUAGGUAUUGUGGAUUAUUAUUUUUUUUAAAACUAAUAAAAAAGUGUUUGAAAAAAAAA